CGAUUGGUUACGCCUUGUCUUUCAGUCUGCACGUUAACACACCUCGCAUCUCGUAAAUACACUUUCUUCCUUGUAGAAACAAUCAGAGCUGUGAGUCUCUGGUGAGUCCCCGCAGUUUUCGGAGGAGCUGAUAAAGUCAACUCGAUGGGGAAAAUAGAGUGGGCGAUGUGGGCCAAUGAGCAGGCUCUGGCUUCGGGACUCAUUCUCCUCACUGGAGGCGUGGUGGGGGUGGCUGGUCAGUUCAGAGGCUGGCAGUUUGCUGCUUAUGCUGUUGCUGCUGGGGCGUUCGUGUGUCUACUUGAGUAUCCCAGAAGCAAAAGAACCAAGGGCACAAGUGUGGAGAGAACGGGCCAGUAUUGUCUCACCGUGUGUGUGAAAUCCUUUGGGCCGUUGACAAGAAACUAUUAUGUCAGAGCCUUUUUACAUGCAGCACUGUGUGUACCUGGAGGCUUUAUGCUGGCUACUGUCCUCGGAUGCGUCUGCCUCGGCAUAGCCAGCCUCAUCUACCUUGCGGCAGCCAUCCGAGGUGAACACUGGGAACCCAUUCUUCCGAGGAAGGAGGUGACCCGAAAGCCACCACAAAGUGUGAAGGAACCUCCUCAAAAUCCCCCACCAAGACCCCCUCCGGACACGCGCAGGAAACGGGUCGACGACCUGGAGGGAGCAGCCUAUGACAACCCAAUCCCUGUUGGCGACUAACCAGUCCAUGUUCCCAUCCUCUGUUUCCCCACCCCGCCUGAGAUCACAGUGGGACGCCACCAGAUUCGGUGAUUCUGGAAAAAUUCAUAGUUUUCUGAAGUUAAGUGAAACAUGUGACUGGACUGCAUGUUGGGUCCACGUCUCCUUACCUCAGUCUGCAUGACCUGAGAAAUAUCUUGAAGACAAAUGUUUAGAAUUCAAAUGAAGAAUUUAACUUUUGAACAAACCACAGCCAAAGACGAUAGAUGUAAAUGCUACAGCUGCUAAGUGGCAACCAAACACAAAGGUUGUCAAGUAAAAAGAUUGUUUUCUGUUUUUUUUUUAUUAUGCUGUCAUAAAAGUGCAAAUCAAAACCUGUUUUCUGUUUAAACCACCAUACUGUUUAUUUUAUUCCGUUUUGUAUCCACUGUAUUGUGUUGCUGUGCAUAGGCCUGACAAUAUAUUGUUUUAUGAACUUGCACUCUUUCAUUUAUUUCUUGAAGUCAAAUUAUCGCAUACUGGAGAGCUACAUAGCACUGCUUGCAUGGAAUAAAUGAACAUUUUGGGUUUUUAGCUGUCUCAGACUGAUAUUAGACAUUAACUAUUAUUUUCUGCCUGUACUUUGGUGUCUUGUAAAUAAAUCCCUCGAGAACCUGAA